AUGGGUGUGAAGCUGCUGGAGCCCCGACUUUGUCUGCUGCUGUUGCCAGUUGUACUAAUGGUCUCCUCAGUCCAGGUCCCACGGGGUUUAACCCCUUCCCAGUGGUUUGAAAUCCAGCAUGUAAAUAAUAGGCCCGGCCUCCAAUGUACGGCAGCAAUGCAGGGGGUUAACAACUAUACAGGACACUGCAAGGACAAAAAUACUUUUCUUCAUACAACUUUUGCUGCUGUUGUCGCUGUGUGUGGCAGACCAAAUACUCCCUGCAGAAAUAGGACACACACAAAUUGUCAUAAUAGUCCUGCUCGAGUAUCUUUAACUUACUGUAACCUCACAACUCCAGCAACACAUUAUACACAAUGCCGAUACCAAACGUCACCAGCAACAAUGUUCUACAGAGUUGCUUGUAACAACAGAACUCCACAAGACAAUGGUACUUACCCAGUGGUUCCGGUUCACUUGGAUGGGAUAUUUUAG